AUGUUUGUGAGAUUGGCGUCGCGUUGGUGGGCGUCGUCCGUCACGACGACGACGCAGCGAGAGAUUUCUUUGACAGCGGUGUUCGGUCGAGACGUCCGCUCGAUGUCUUCAUCGGCGCAGAAGUCAUCGAAUGAGGGUGCGAGCGAGGACGCGACGGCGAGGACGCUCUUAGACGCGAACGCGAAGCGGUUCGACGCCGCACUGAGUGGUGGCCGCGCGCUGGAGGCGCUGCUGCUGGGACGGAGCGAGGACCUGCGGUGCGUGGACGUGAUGUGCGAACACGUCGGUGAGGCGUGCGCGUGCAGGCUCGCUCGCGUGGUCGAGCGGCGAGGGGUGGGAUUGAGAGUGCUAGAUGUCUCGGGAAAUCGCCUGCGGGCGCUGCCGAGCGCGAUUUGGGGGUUGAAGGAGUUGGAGAAGUUAGACGCGAGCGACAACGCGCUAACGGAACGGGACGUCCCGUUCGAUGAUCUCAUCGAAAGAGCGAGCGAGACCGCGCCAAAGCUACGAGAGCUAAAUUUAAGAGGGAACGUGGAGUUGGUGGACGGGCUCGGUGAUCGUUGGCGAGCGGUGGUGGAUGCCAUGGCAAAGCGCGGCGUACGACUCACUUUGUAA